AUGGAAGAUAAAGCAAAUACAAAUAAUAUUGAAAAUUAAAAAAUUAAGCCUUAUCCAAUAGCAGAAUAAAGGUUAACUGUAAAAUUGUUAGAUUUAUUAUAAUAAGCCAUGCAUUAUAAAUAAUUAAAAAAAGGAGUUAAUGAAGUUUUAAAAUGUUUAAAUAAAGGUGUAAGCGAACUUGUUAUUUUAGCAGCUGAUUGUGAUCCAUUAGAAAUUGUAAUGAAUUUACCAGGUGAAUGUGAAGAAAAAAAUGUUCCUUAUUGCUUUGUAAGCUCUAAAUCUGCAUUAGGGAGGGCUUGUGGAAUUAAAAGACCUAUUGUAGCAGCUACAAUUAUUUUACAUGAAGGUUCAUAAUUAAAUACAUAAAUAUUAGAAAUGAAAGAUACUGUAGAAUAAUUAUUUAUAUGA